AUGAUCCAGCCUCCCUCCCAAAGCAAACGCUGGGCGUUGCCUUCACCAACUUUACUGAAAGGUGUGGCAGAUCACGGAGAUUGACUGAUCCCAGAUAUUUCCCAAUUUCCCCUUAAUUCUACCUUUUGGCUCCUCGUUUCUUUACAAGCGCAAAAAUGUCUGUUUGGGACGAUCUGGAUCUCCUCUUGGACUCCCCCUCCUCCUCCUCCUCCUCACUGGCCACAACAUCCAAGGAAAGAGGAACAGUGAAGGACAAGGCCGAUUUUAAAGUGGAUGAGGAUGUGACUGCACUCCGGAAAGCUAUUGAGGGUCUCGGUACAACAGAAAAGACACUUAUUGAUGUGCUGACUCAAAGAAGUAAUGCUCAGCGUCAGCUUGUCGCUAGCGCCUAUGAGAAAGCCACAGGAAGGAAAUUAGUAGCUGACCUGGAGGGCGACACCCAUGGUGACUUUGAGAACCUGUUAGUUGCCUUGGUAACACCUCCUGCUCUCUUUGACUGUAAUGAAGUGAUCAGAGCUAUAAAGGGUUCAGGGACCACCGAGUGUAUCCUGACAGAAAUAUUUGCUUCUAGAUCAAACAAACAGAUCAGAGACAUGGCUGACACUUACCUAAAAGAAACUGGAAGAUUGAUGAUUCAUGACCUGAAGUCAGAGGUGUCAGGAGAUUACGCCAAAGCGCUGCUCAUCUUGGCUGAGGGGAAAAGGGACGAGAGCACCAGUGUGGACGCUGCUAAAGCCAAAGAAGAUGCUAAGACAUUGUAUGAAGCAGGAGAGAAGAAGUGGGGGACUGAUGAGGACAAGUUUAUUGACAUCUUGUGCCACGGGAGUGUUCCUCAGCUUCGACAAACUCUGGUGGAGUACAAGAACAUUAGCAAGAAGACUCUGCAGGAGAGCAUUGAAAGUGAAAUGUCUGGAGAAGUGGAAAAACUACUUGUGGCGAUUGUUAAAUGCGUGAAGAACGUUCCUGCAUACUUUGCUGAGAGGCUCUUCAAGAGCAUGAGGGGUGCAGGAACCGAUGAAUCCACACUUACUAGAAUCAUCGUUGGUCGUUCUGAAAUCGAUUUGUUGGACAUCAAAGCAGAGUACAAGAAGCUGUUUGGUGUUAGCCUUCACUCAGAGUUAAAGUCUGAGGUGUCGGGAAAUUACGGAGAGGCCUUGAUGCUGCUGUGUGGAACAGAAGACUAACUCCUCCCAUCAAGUCUGUUCUCAGUGUUCAUUGGAUGCUGACUGACCAACACCUAAAUGCAUUUGACUAAACCUAAAGAUGUUUUAAAAGGCAAACUUGUGACUUAACCUGUCAAAUGUCCUAUAAGCACUGUAUACAUUUGGGCAGACUGUCUAACUUAAUCAAAAUAAAGAGAACAUUUUUAAGUGUGAAAAAACA